AUGCCGACAACGACUGCCAAUGGACGAUCUCGUGAAGAAGAUCGUAUUCUUACAAAUGCUCAUGGCACUGUUAUGGUCAUCGGCUGGAUGAUCUUAGCUUCUACCGUGCAUAGGAAAACCAAUCGUGUCGGUCUGAUAGUUAUUAUGUCACUGUGGUCAGCUUGGGUCGUUAUCAUUGUUGUCCUCUUAGAAAUUGUUCGAUUAUACCUUUUAAGAAUGUCAUCAAUGACAGUUAAUCGUUCUAUGAAUAAUAGAGAAUUUGAAUUGGCCAAUACAACUUUACCACCAACUGUGAAGGUGCAACAAGCUGAAGAUGUUGACAGUAAACUUUCCAACAAUAUGAUACUCAUUUUUCUUUUUGUGCACAUGAUUGUUGCUAUUGCUCUAGCUACUCCGCUUAUUGUUAGUAUUUGGCAUUAG